AUGAGAUUCGAUCCGCUGGUAAUUGACCUUCUGACUUUACCCACGAGGGUCGUUCACAAAGAGACGGUCCAGUUUCAAGAACAUGACAUUGUGAAGAAGGAGACAAAUGUUGAAAAAGAUCCCAAAGGAAUGAAUAGGGUAGAUGCUGAAUGGGACAUUAGUGAAGAUAUGAAAGAGUUAUAUGGUAGCUUAAUGUCUGCAAAACAACUCGCCAAAUUAGAUUUACAACCAAACCCUUUUAACUUCAGUGAGAGAGUUAGCCAGACUGCUCGGAUACCUUGCAAGUCAGUCUUGACGCAGACUGACCCUCCUCCAGGUAACACCUACUCUGAUACCGCUAGUUUCUGGAAGAUCUACGAUGCCUAUGAAAAGGAUUACGAAUUAAUCCUGGCAAAACAAAGGGAGGUACAGAAGAAGGAGAAAGAGGAAGAAAAGCAAAAAGAGAUAUCAGGGAAAUCGGCUACGAGUCGGCCCACCGAUCCCAUCAUCAUCCCCCCGCCCGUACCAGCCCCAAGCCGCACCCUAGGCGGGGAGGAGCUAGACCUUGACCCCGACACUGUCAAGAUGACAGAAAGGAUCAUUAGCCAAAAUACUCAUGACGAAAUCAAUCAAGAUUUCCGAUAUUGGGAAGACGCAAGCGAUGAGUACCGUCAGCUGGAAGGAUCUCUUUUGCCACUGUGGAAGUUCCACUGUAAUAAAUCCCGGUUUCAAGUGGUCUCGUCACUCUCCUGGAGUCCCGCUCACCAUGACCUCUUCGCGGCAUCUUAUACACCGGAUAAGCUCUGUGCUUUAGAGAAUGAAGGGAGAAUUUGCCUCUUUACCCUGAAGAACCCUGGUAUUCCCGAGAGAAUGCUGGUUACUCCUCAAGGCGUCACAUCAGUGCAGUUCCACCCUUCUGAUGAAUUACGUUUCCUUCAGCGUGAGAGCGUCGUAGUUGCGGGUCAUGGCGACGGGAUGGUGACGGUGUACGACAUGAGAAACGCCUCGUCUCCAGGGCGGCUCUGCUCCUCCACGACCUCCGGCAAACACCUCCUCCCUGUCAUGCAGGUCUGCUGUCUAGACACCGAACCAGGGCAGAGCCUAAGCUUCUACUCGGCUUCCCAAGAUGGUCGAGUGUCCCAGUGGUUUGUUCGCUCAUCAUCGCUCGAAUGCUCAGACAUUCUGGAUUUCCAGCAAACCAAGAGGCCAAGAAAAGCUUCUUCGAAUGAGGGCAGUCUUGAAGAACACAAAGUUACGAGUCCCUAUGCAGAGAAAGUAAGCAAGCAUGCAAGCGUAUUCACUAGUGCCAUCUCGUCAGGUACCGCCACAUGUAUAGCGAUUAGCCCAGAGAGGGAUGACAUACUACUUCUGGGUGUAGACACAGGGUCGUUAUUCCAAGUGUGUACAUCCAAAACUAAGCACUCAGUUACUCGCUAUCCCGCCCAUCUCGGACCCGUAACCGCUGUCACAUGGAACAACAUCCAUAAAAAGGUUUUCGCCAGCUGUGCUUUAGACUGGAAUGUCAAAGUGUGGCUGCAAUAUCACUUGUCACCUAUAGUAACGUUAGACCUAGGAGGACCUGUUGUGGGUCUGGCAUGGUCCCCUACCAGCAGCACAGUGAUUGUGGCUGUCACUGAGGAAGGUCGGGUCUAUGUAUACGACCUCUUCCUUCGCAAGUGUCAGCCUUUGUGCAUUCAAAACCUGGUCCAGAGACGUCGCUUCAGCUUAGCUUCCGUGGCCUUCAGUCCUUACCAGCCCGUUAUACUGGUUGGCGGAACGAAGGGUUACCUCGUGGCAUUCAAGCUCUCGCCCAACCUCAGGAAGCCACAUAAAGAUGCAAAAGGGCAGAGUGCUGAAGAUUUACAUGGGCAAUUCUACAUGAUUAAACCAGUGUUAUAA